AUGUCGAAGAAAGGAGGAUGGCAAAAAUUGAAGGAGGCCAAAGAAAGACGGCAAAGACAAGAUGUAGUGCUGAAAGAUACUCCUUUCAUCCUAACAUUUUUUCCUCCUACUAAGUCUAGUGGUGAGGAAGUCCAGGCGAAUACCAGUCCAAGUGAACCUGCUGCUCCUGCACCUGAUGAAAAGGAGCAGCCUCCUGUGAUUUCUCUAGCUGCAGUGUCAUCCCGCUCCUCUGAAGACUUUCCCAGUGAUAGUAAUACAAAAAUAUCCUUCUCCAACCAUCCAGGCAAGAAGAAAAUUGCUUCCAAGCCUGAAAAACUACGAAUAGGCAGAUCUAGCGUCCUCCCUGUCAUCAUUAAAUCAAAGAGAAAAACACAAUUAACACAGGCAAAGGAAAAGGAAGCACGUGCUGUUGUUCACAAUAUGAAACAAGACUGUGAAAAAACCAGUGUCAACUUGGGUCAGAUUAAUCCCUGUGCAUAUGGAAGGACUCCUAGGGGAGAUGUGUAUCAUUCAAUAUGCAAAGGAAAAACAGACCAAAACCUAUCAAGUGAGACAGACUGUAUUCAAGUAUCUUUGUCUCUGCUAGACCAGACACCUGCAGUCCAAAAACAGAAUCAGAUAAAGUCUCAUGUCAAUGAAGACAAUUAUCCGAUAUACAAAAUCAAAAAAGGAAUCUUGCUGCAGACAAAUCAGAAGUACCUACUUGAGAAGGUUAGAGAAAAUGGGAGAUCAGUGGGCCAAUUCUACUCUCAGUUACAUUGGUUUAAAUCCAGAAUAACUCAUUUGGCUUUAGUGAAGUUACUAUGGAUUUAGAGCAGAAUCUGGUUCUCUGAGAUUAUACAUAGUUUAAAAGGACAUAAUCAACUGAAAUUUGUCCCAAAUUUUACAUUGUCUAAACACAAUUUUUUUAUAAAACCAAAGACCAAUAGAAAAUAUAUGUCAUUUUUUAAUAUGAUGAAAACUUGUAUUUUAAACAAAUAAGCUCUUCUCUGCAGUAUAUGAAACCCAAACAUUGCAAUACUGAGGGCCUGAUCCAAAUCUAUUGACAUCAGUGGGAGUGCUUCCAUUGAUUUCAAUGGGUUUUGGACUGGACCUUAAGAAUGUGCAAAUGAAACUGACCAGAAACAA